AUGCAGACGCUAAGGGAAAAGGAAGAAGACGGAGACAAUCCUAUGCAUGACGUAGAGCGCGAUCAGCAAUUCCAUGCUAACGACAUUGAUUCCAGAUCAAAAUCUCUGAGAUACCCUAACAAGUAUAUACAGUAUCAUGGACUGAUGAUGGUCGAACCAAGCAUCUGGGCCAUUAUCGGAUACAUCGUAAUUAUUCCCAUAGUCUCCGCACUCGGGAUAAUCGGAAACUCGCCGAUUCUCACGAUACUAUUGGCAUCUUCGGAUUUAGACACCUGUAUCUGGCUCUUUUUUUCACUAGCCCGAGGCAUUUUUCGAUUUUACAAAGGAUGGCUGGAUUUCAACGCUUUUGUUCACUUUCCGAUCGACUCCGUUAUCUCGAAUAUCACAAUCUGGGCUGCAUUAGACGUAAACUUAGAUAGAUUAAUGAUAGUUUAUAGCUUGUGGAGAUGCAAACCACCAAAGUUCUGCAGCCAACAAGUUGCACGCAAGUUGGUGAUGUUCGCCAGGUGCUUCGCUAUUUUGAUCAAUAUACCAUAUUGCUUCAUGUAUAACAAUCGUAACAAUUGCGGCGAUGUGAUAACGAAUAUUUUUCAUUCGCAUUCCGGUGUGAUACUGGCCAUAUUCUUGGUCGAUUCGAAUGGCAUCAUGUGCUACUCUGUGAAAAAAGUCUUCAAGUAGAAACAGCUGUUGAAACGCAAAAACACACGCGAAGGAAUCGCCUGCCGGUGCGAUCAAGCGAAAUUAAUGAUUAUGUUCGUCGGCAUUGUCUUCGUGUUCCUCGUAGGCGAGUUGCCAAUUCAUUUGGCAUCGAGUCGAAAUGCCGCAACCCUCUUUUACGACGGCAAUCCUACCAAAGUCCAAGAGAUCUUCAUGGAAAGAGUGAUGUUCUAA